UCUUAACUGUUCCAGAGAUUGGUUAAGUUCCAGGAAAUAUUGCAGCGUUGUCAAAGUGCGCACACUGAACUUACAAACGCUGAACAAAACUCUUUGAAAAAAUCACUAAAUUUUGAAAAGCCUUAGUAGUUAACUGGUUAGUGCUCGGAAAUAAUUACAACAAAUAAGUAAUUAUAUAAAAAAUUAUAAACUUUCGUUAAUCGAACGCAUUUGUCAACAUUGCCGAGUGCGUUUGACAUUCAAAUAUUUAUAAACAUAUCCAGCGCCAAAUAAAGCUCAGAAGAAGAAAAUAAAGCUUUACAAAUUAAGUACCAUUGUCAAUCUUUGUUUAUUUUUGUCUAUAGGUGCAUAUUGUUAUAGGGAUAAAUGUUUAUUAGAAAGUAAAAAUAUGAUUUUUAAACACUUGCAAAGAAGUGUCUCUACAGUCAACUACAUCCCUCGAACUAUGUCAACAAGGACCAACGAGAAAAAUAAUAUAUUAGUAGAAAGAUUAGGUGAAGUAACUACAAUAGGAAUAAAUAGGCCGGAUAAAAGGAAUUGUAUUGAUCAUGAAACAGCUGAAAUGCUAGAAAAUGCGAUAGCUGAUUUUGAAAAAGACACUGACGCUCAUGUAGGGGUUUUGUAUGGCACGGGAGGAAAUUUUUGCGCCGGUUUUGAUUUUGAUGAAAUUGCAAACUUGGAGGACUUGCAAAAGUCCACAACGGACCAAAAAGCGCAAUUUUCAAUCUUACAAUCAAGAAAAUUCUUGAGGAAACCAAUGAUAGCAGCCCUUAGUGGAUAUGCGGUGGCUGGCGGCUUAGAAUUAGCUCUCUUAUGCGAUUUAAGAGUGAUGGAAGAAACUGCAGUGGUUGGUUUAUAUGCUAGAAGAUUUGGUGUUCCUUUAGUAGAUGGUGGUACUGUGAGAUUACCUGCAGUAGUAGGACUAUCUCGUGCAUUAGACUUAAUUUUAACUGGUAAAUCCUUAAAUGCAAAAGAAGCCUUCGAGUGGGGUCUGGUUAAUAGAAUUGUAGCCUGUGGUUUGGGUCAAGCAUUGCAGCUGGCGGUAUGUUUAGCAAAGUUCCCUCAAGAAUGUCUUAGCAGUGACAGAGAUUCAGCCUAUAAUUCCGCCUUCAGUCAAGUGUAUGCUGAUCUCAUAAAGUACGAGAAAGACAAUGCAGAUAACAUUUCAUUAAAAAGCAUAGUGGAGGGUGCGAAAAAGUUUAUAAGUGGCGUUGGGAAACACGGAAAGACGUAUAAUCUACGAGAAAGAGAUUAUCUGGACUGGGAAAAGGAAUACAAUCAGACAGCUAAAUGUAAAUUGUAAAAAAUGUGUAGAUAAUAAAUCGGAUUAAGCUGA